AGCUCUCCUCGGCUCACAGAUGAUCUCACCACACUCGAUCCCCUAGCACCAGUCCCCUCGUCCCGCCCCUCGCAUUCAACUCCCGGACUCGCUCUCUCUCAAGAACUCGCAAUGGGUGCGUUCGCGGCUCUGAGAGCGUUGGUGGUGUGCUGUAUUAUAGCCAGUGCGGGCGCAAUUCCUCUCCUCGGGGGCCCGCUUGGAAAUUUGACGAACAGCAUUCACAGGCGGGAGCUGAGGAGCAAGAAGUCGAAGACGCCAGCAGUGUCUGCCAAAAGGAAGCUGGCAGGAUGCAGCAGCGGGAAUCCCAUCGACAGCUGCUGGAUGUGCGACCCGGACUGGAUGAGCCAUCGCCAGAGGCUCGCGGACUGCGCAAUUGGUUUCGGGCACCAAGCGGCCGGAGGACGCAGCGGAGAAAUAUACACAGUGACGGACGCAGGUAACGACGACCCCGAGGAGCCCAAGUACGGAACUCUGCGAUGGGGAGUCAUCCAAUCGAAGCCGCUGUGGAUCAUCUUCAAGCAAGACAUGACGAUACAGCUCAAGGAGGAACUCAUCGUCACCAGCUUCAAGACUCUGGACGGGCGUGGAGCUAAUGUCCACAUUGCCAACGGCGCGUGCAUCACCAUCCAGGGGGUGACGAAUGUCAUCGUGCACGGCUUGCACAUUCACGACUGCAAGUCCACGGGACCCGCUCGAAUUCGGAGCUCCGAGUCGCACAUCGGGGACCGAGGAAAGACGGACGGCGACGCCAUCAGCAUUUUCGAGUCGACCGACAUCUGGAUUGACCACAAUUCCUUCUCCAACUGCGCCGACGGCCUCGUCGACGUCAUCCAAGGCUCGGACGCUGUAACCAUAUCCAACAACGAAUUCAAAGACCACGACAAAGUCAUGCUCCUCGGAGCCCACGACAGCGACUACCGCGACAAGAACAUGAAGGCCACCGUUUGCUUCAACAAAUUCGGCCCUGGACUGAUCCAGCGCAUGCCUAGAUGUCGAUUGGGAAACUUCCAUAUCUUCAACAACUACUACAUUUCGUGGGAAAUGUAUGCCAUCGGUGGGAGCGGACAGCCUACCAUUAACAGCGAGGGCAACUACUUCGAUGCUGGCGGCGUGAAGGAGGUGACGAAGCAUUUGGAAGAUGGCGGUGACUACCGAUCGAAUGGAGACAUUUUCUUGAACGGCGCAUACUUCACCCCAAGUGGGGCUUCGACCAGCUCUCCGCUGUACGCCAGGGCCAGGAGUUAUUCGGCACUGCCUGCGUCUCAGGUGCCUCGAAUCGUCUCAGCAGGACCCACGAGCUAGGCACCGCUGCGGAGUGCUGUUCGAGGCGCCAACAGACGAUCAUGCCAUCUCGUUUCGUCCAGUGUACCGCGAGACACCGCCACCGACUCCGAUGGGGGGUCGUCCUCGCUCUGCUGUACGGGUUGCGUCCAGAGGACAGUUUCCGUUGGGUUCGUUCGUUCGAUGUACUACAGAGAAGCCAUGCUCACGGAUCAAUCUUCAUGAAAGGGUGAAGAGGGUCUGCGAGUUAUAAUUUAGUGGGCUCUUUCCAAAUGGAAGAGAGCUCGAAUAGCGUGUAUAGUGAUUAACAGUGAAGACAUGGCUUCAAGAAGAUCACACCAGAGCUGUUGCUAACCACGGCCGGGUGCAUCGCUUGACCAUUGUCUCAGAAUCGCCUGCCUUCUAAUCUUUUAGAAUAUUAGGAGCUUGGCAUUGCAACCUGUCAUCCAGAAGGCCCGGUUUAAAGGCUGCGGAUGUAUAAGAGUUGUUAGACAACGUCUGUUGUACAAAUAGGGUUUCAAAGCGCGGUGUUAGUUCUCUUGCACACAAAUGCGCGAGAGGAUGAAUGCCUACUGCGCCAAUUUAAUAAGUUUUGAAAAGAAAUUUCGAUCGAAA